GGGAAGCUAUUUUUAGAUUCUGAAUCAAUACAAGUGAGAGUUGAUGCAGCAAUGCUUCUUAAGCAGUUGGAUUUUCUGGUUAACAAUUUGAAGACCAAGUUAUUUGAAAAGUUAGAACAAUCUAUUACAGACAUUCAAUUGAACCCUGUAGAAAUAAGCAAUGUUUAUGGGGACUGUUCUGCCCACGAGGUAACUAAUGCCAAAUAA